AUGGAGGUGAUCGCAGUCGGCACCGCAGCCAUCGAUGUCGUUCACGAAGUCGCCGCGUACCCAGCAGAGGACACAAAGGCGCGGUCCUUAGCAACGUAUAAGUGCAGAGGUGGAAAUGCUGCGAGUGCCCUGGUUGUUUGCUCACAGCUCGUUGGCCGUUGUCGGUGGCUGAGCACGUCAACUGACCCGGAAAAAGAUAGCGAUGCCGCGUUCAUUCAUGCAGACCUCGCUGCAUUCAAUGUGGACUGCUCAUUGGCUGUCAUUGAGAAGGAGGGCAGCAUGCCAGUGUCGUAUAUCCUUGCAAGUCGAGAAACAGGCUCGAGAACGAUUGUGCAUUCCCGUACGAUUGCGGAAUUGACCUGUGAAGCGUUUGCAGCGCAAAUUGAACGAUACCUGAAGGAGAUAAGAGAGGAUGUGGACGCGCCCGUGUGGUUUCACUUUGAAGGACGCAACAUGGAGACUGUGAGAAACAUGAUGCUCCACAUUCGAGAAAAUGCACCCCAAGCGAAGAUUUCGGUCGAGAUUGAGUUCCCGAGAUAUCCCUGGACUCUUGCGAAGACGCUAGCGUCGUUGGCAGACUAUGUGUUCAUGUCCAAGGAUUAUCUUCGCGACAAUAUUCACAUUCUCAGUGCUAAGGAUUUCUUCGAUGGUAUUCAGGCGCAACGAUGGGACGAGGACUGGAGUGAGUGGGUAAAAGCAUUUAUCUGCCCUUGGGGGGCGGAGGGUGUGCACUAUCUCGAUAUGACCACCUCAACGACGCAUCAUAUUCCCACUGCUCAGCUUGAUCAAGUAGUGGAAUCCAACGGAGCGGGGGAUUCUUUUAUCGGGGCUACUCUGGCUGGUUUAUCUCGUGGCGAUGUUCCGCUUCACCUCGUAUUGAAGACAGCGUGCGAAGUAGCGACUGUAAAAUGCUCACAGCACGGGUUCAAGCUUUCUGUCGACAAGCUAUUGAGAUGGAAACAGGAUCUACAUCUUUCAAAAGCUAAGGCUGGAAUAAGCUACUCCAAGGACAUUAAUCAAGGCUGCAAUAACCAAAUUAUUUUUGUUACAGCUUCGAGUAUCUCGCCAUCACACGUCGUGAGCUCUGAAGUGGAGCAGGAUUUGGAACGAGUACAGCAUGCUACCCUACCGGACACAGACGUUUUCAUUGUGCCUCUUUUACCAGCAAUCCUAGAGGACAACGAUGGUGAUAUCAUCGUGCCUCGACGUCAAGCAAACAAGCGGCGAAAAUCAACUAGAUCGGAGCCAGCUCCUGCUAGAAUGUCAGGUGUACCACGGGAACAUGCCAACAGAGGCACGGACACAACAUUCGUUUUGCAAGCCCGCAGCCGAACAACAUGGGACACUGCAGGCACACAAUUGUGGAGAGCGGCAUUUCUACUAGCAGAGUACAUGUACAGCACAUCGGAAACGCUUUUUGGGCAAACUGUUCUCGAACUCGGAUGUGGAAUCGGUUUCGCAUCGAUUGUGGCUUCCAGGUUGAGUCGCUGUGUCUACGCAACUGACUCGGACAAGGAUGCUCUCGUUCUAACCCGGAGGAAUGUCGAGCACAAUCUUCAUGGAGACGUUCGACCUCGCUUGCUGGACUGGGACGAUAAAAGCUUAAUAUCUAUCGCCAAAGACGCUUCUGCGGCUCAGUUUGACUGGAUCUCUACUGACCAAGCUGAGUUGGAGAAUCUAACGAUCAUCAUCGCCAGCGAUGUCUUCUAUGAUGAUACCUUGACUCUCAAAUUCUUGCGCGCUCUGCGUCGCCUGAUGCUGAAGUACAAUCGCGCAAAAGCUUACGUGACAACAGAGCGGCGUUCAGUCUUUUCCGCUGCUGCUAUGCAAGUUGUUUCGCUCGGCUACGAUACCUUUCAAGAAAAUAUUUGCUUGCAUGAUCCAAGCACUUGCCACACAUACGUCACCGACAAUCAAGUACGGUGUCGAACGUGCAUCGCUGGAUCUUCUAAUCAAGCUGGAAACGAUGAAGACAUGCUACGGUUUGUUGUCCAAGAAGUUCAAACGAGUGAAAUCCCCCAGCGCUUCAAAUACGACAGAUUGUCCACGCUAAUGCUCUGGAAAAUCGAUGCCGUGGUGGUUCCGAUAAGAUAG